CGGCCACGAGUGGCGGGCGGCUCUGGUCCGGCUGGGGCGGCGGCAGGCGCGACGGGCUGCGGUACUGCGGGUUUGCGGCCAGAGACGUCCAGCCCACUCCCUGGAGGGGCCGGCCGCCCCGCCUCCUUCGCUCUCUCCCUCUACCCCGGCUUGCGCUCCAGGCGCUUAGUGAGGCGGCGGGGCGCUUGGGGCACUUGCGGAGGCGGCGGCGUCGCCCCUGCAAUCAGACCCGCCCCCUCGCGCCCCGCCCCGUCCCCACCCUCCCCACCGCCCUCUGCGGGAGCUGGGCAGCUGCAGCGGAGCCGCGGAGCCGGCGGCGGGGCCCGGGCUGUGCGCUUGGGGAGCGCAGAAUGUGAGGUUUGGCGGGCCGCAGCGCGCACGGACGCUUGGACCGGCCAGGGGCGGCGACCCCUUGCGGACGCCCAGCUGCGCGCCGGGCCAGGGAUUUGCCCUCUCCCUCGCCCUUGCGCGCUCCCUGCGCCCUCCAGCACGCCGGCGGGACCAUGAAGAAGUUCUCUCGGAUGCCCAAGUCGGAGGGCGGCAGCGGCGGCGGAGCGGCGGGUGGCGGGGCUGGCGGGGCCGGGGCCGGCUGCGGCUCCGGCGGCUCGUCCGUAGGGGUCCGGGUGUUCGCGGUCGGCCGCCACCAGGUCACCCUGGAAGAGUCGCUGGCCGAAGGUGGAUUCUCCACAGUUUUCCUCGUGCGUACUCACGGUGGAAUCCGAUGUGCAUUGAAGCGAAUGUAUGUCAAUAACGUGCCAGACCUCAAUGUUUGUAAACGGGAAAUUACAAUUAUGAAAGAGCUAUCUGGUCACAAAAAUAUUGUGGGUUAUUUGGACUGUGCUGUUAAUUCAAUUAGUGAUAAUGUAUGGGAAGUCCUUAUCUUAAUGGAAUAUUGUCGAGCUGGGCAGGUAGUGAAUCAAAUGAAUAAGAAGCUACAGACAGGUUUUACAGAACCAGAAGUGUUACAGAUAUUCUGUGAUACCUGUGAAGCUGUUGCAAGGUUGCAUCAGUGUAAGACUCCAAUAAUUCACCGGGAUCUGAAGGUAGAAAAUAUUUUGUUGAAUGAUGGUGGGAACUAUGUACUUUGUGACUUUGGCAGUGCCACUAAUAAAUUUCUUAAUCCUCAAAAAGAUGGAGUUAAUAUAGUAGAAGAAGAAAUUAAAAAGUAUACGACUCUGUCAUACAGAGCCCCUGAAAUGAUCAACCUUUAUGGAGGGAAACCCAUCACCACCAAGGCUGAUAUCUGGGCACUGGGAUGUCUACUCUAUAAACUUUGUUUCUUCACUCUUCCUUUUGGUGAGAGUCAGGUUGCUAUCUGUGAUGGCAACUUCACAAUCCCAGACAAUUCUCGUUACUCCUAUAACAUACAUUGCUUAAUAAGGUUCAUGCUUGAACCAGAUCCGGAACAUAGACCUGAUAUAUUUCAAGUAUCAUAUUUUGCAUUUAAAUUUGCCAAAAAGGAUUGUCCAGUCUCCAACAUCAAUAAUUCUUCUAUUCCUUCAGCUCUUCCUGAACCGAUGACUGCUAGUGAAGCAGCUGCUAGGAAAAGCCAAAUAAAAGCCAGAAUAACAGAUACCAUUGGACCAACAGAAACCUCAAUUGCACCAAGACAAAGACCAAAGGCCAACUCUACUACUACUGCCACUCCCAGUGUGCUGACCAUUCAAAGUUCAGCAACACCUGUUAAAGUCCUUGCUCCUGGUGAAUUCGGUAACCAUAGACCAAAAGGGGCACUAAGACCUGGAAAUGGCCCUGAAAUUUUAUUGGGUCAGGGACUUCCUCAGCAACCACCACAGCAGCAUAGAGUACUCCAGCAACUACAGCAGGGAGAUUGGAGAUUACAGCAACUCCAUUUACAGCAUCGUCAUCCUCACCAGCAGCAGCAGCAACAGCAACAGCAGCAGCAGCAGCAGCAGCACCACCACCACCACCACCUACUUCAUGAUGCUUAUAUGCAGCAGUAUCAACAUGCAACACAGCAGCAACAGAUGCUUCAGCAACAGUUUUUAAUGCAUUCGGUAUAUCAACCACAACCUUCUGCAUCACAGUAUCCAACAAUGAUGCAGCAGUAUCAGCAGGCUUUCUUUCAACAGCAGAUGCUAGCUCAACAUCAGCCGUCUCAACAGCAGGCAUCACCUGAAUAUCUUACCUCCCCUCAAGAGUUCUCACCAGCCUUAGUUUCCUACACUUCAUCACUUCCAGCUCAGGUUGGAACCAUAAUGGACUCCUCCUAUAGUGCCAAUAGGUCAGUUGCUGAUAAAGAGGCCAUUGCAAAUUUCACAAAUCAGAAGAACAUCAGCAACCCACCUGAUAUGUCAGGGUGGAAUCCUUUUGGAGAGGAUAAUUUUUCUAAGUUAACUGAAGAGGAACUAUUGGACAGAGAAUUUGACCUUCUAAGAUCAAAUAGGCUCGAGGAGAGAGCAUCCUCAGAUAAGAAUGUAGACUCACUUUCUGCUCCACAUAACCAUCCUCCAGAAGAUCCUUUUGGUUCUGUUCCUUUCAUUUCUCAUUCAGGUUCUCCUGAAAAGAAAGCUGAACGUUCAUCUAUAAAUCAAGAAAAUGGCACUGCAAACGCUCUCAAGAACGGCAAAACAAGUCCAGCAUCUAAAGAUCAGCGGACUGGAAAGAAAACCUCAGUACAGGGUCAAGUGCAAAAGGGGAAUGAUGAAUCUGAAAGUGAUUUUGAAUCAGAUCCCCCUUCUCCUAAGAGCAGUGAAGAGGAAGAGCAAGAUGAUGAAGAAGUUCUUCAGGGGGAACAAGGAGAUUUUAAUGAUGAUGAUACUGAACCAGAAAAUCUGGGUCACAGGCCUCUCCUCAUGGAUUCUGAAGAUGAGGAAGAAGAGGAGAAACAUAGCUCUGAUUCUGAUUAUGAGCAGGCUAAAGCAAAGUACAGUGACAUGAGCUCUGUCUACAGAGACAAAUCUGGCAGUGGACCAACCCAAGAUGUUAAUACAAUACUCCUCACCUCAGCCCAAUUAUCCUCUGAUGUUGAGGUGGAGACUCCCAAACAGGAGUUCGAUGUAUUUGGCGCUGUCCCCUUCUUUGCAGUGCGUGCUCAACAGCCCCAGCAAGAAAAGAAUGAAAAGAACCUCCCUCAACACAGGUUUCCUGCUGCAGGACUCGAGCAGGAGGAAUUCGAUGUAUUCACAAAGGCGCCUUUUAGCAAGAAGGUGAAUGUCCAAGAAUGCCAUGCCGGGGGGCCUGAGGCACAUACUAUCCCUGGUUAUCCCAAAAGUGUAGAUGUAUUUGGCUCCACUCCAUUUCAACCCUUCCUCACAUCAACAAGUAAAAGUGAAAGCAACGAGGACCUUUUUGGGCUUGUGCCCUUUGAUGAAAUAACGGGGAGCCAGCAGCAAAAAGUCAAACAGCGCAGCUUACAGAAACUGUCCUCUCGCCAAAGGCGCACAAAGCAGGAUAUGUCCAAAAGCAAUGGGAAGCGGCAUCAUGGCACGCCAACUAGCACAAAGAAGACUUUGAAGCCUACCUACCGCACUCCAGAGAGGGCUCGCAGGCACAAAAAAGUGGGCCGCCGAGACUCUCAAAGUAGCAAUGAAUUUUUAACCAUCUCAGACUCCAAGGAGAACAUCAGUGUUGCACUGACUGAUGGGAAAGAUAGGGGCAAUGUCUUACAACCUGAGGAGAGCCUGUUGGACCCCUUCGGUGCCAAGCCGUUCCAUUCUGCAGACCUGUCAUGGCACCCUCCACAUCAGGGCCUGAGCGACAUCCGUGCUGAUCACAAUACUGUCUUGCCAGGGCGGCCAAGACAAAAUUCACUACAUGGGUCAUUCCAUAGUGCAGAUGUAUUGAAAAUGGAUGAUUUUGGUGCCGUGCCCUUUACAGAACUUGUGGUGCAAAGCAUCACUCCACAUCAGUCCCAACAGUCCCAACCAGUCGAAUUGGACCCAUUUGGUGCUGCUCCAUUUCCUUCUAAACAGUAGAUACUUCUGAUGGAUUCUUGGCAUUAACUCCUGUUUCAAGAAAGUAUGAAUAGUUUCAUGAAUUUGAAAGAAAAUUUGGUAGCUCUUUAUAUCAUUCAUUCUUAAAGAUCAAUCAGAAUAGGUGAUUUCUAAAUAAACCAAAUAGAAAAAUGAAGUAUCUCUGCAGGGUAGGAACUUGAUGCCUCUUCAGGAGAAAGGGAGCUAAACUGCAAGCUCUAACGAAGGGUUUCUGCUACUGACAUCACAAUACAGAAAUGCAAGUGUGGUACUUCCAGUGAAAGCACAUGGCACCUUUCCAGGUGUGUAGCCACUGAGAAGGGACAGUAAAACUUAUUUUUGAUAUCAGAAUGUCAUUUUUGUGUGCAUAUCCCUAAAAUUAGGGUUAUUUGUACAUACACUAGUUACACUUGUGAAUUUUUUUAAGGUCUCUUCUAAUUUCCAGACAGUUAAAAACAGUCUAGUUAUCUUAAAGCAUUAGAAAGUAAUUAUCUGGAGAGUGCAGAGAUUUCAGUCCAUACACCUUUCUCCACAAAGCAGAGCCAGAAGUAACUGACUAUUGUGCCUAAAACUCUGUUUCAUUUUUAAAAACAAGUGCCAUUAAUAUGGAAUAUCUAAUGAUAAGCAUAUGAAAUAAUGUGUAGUUAAUUAGCGCAAUUUAACUAUUCCACAAUUUACAUAUUUCAAAGCAAUGUUAUACAUGAUAAAUAUAAUUUUUGUCAAUUAAAACAGAACUUAAAAAAUGGACUAUCGCAUAGAAGCCUAGAACAAAAAUAUGAGAAACACCUGACAUUUGCAAAGAAAUUAUAAGAAGAAAAAAUGAUAUAGAAUAGAAAAUGUUCACUACUUUAGAAACACUUUAUGAAUGGCUUCUUGCCCCAAACUUUUAUUGUCAUGGCCGUAAUAAAGCAGAUUAUUGGAAAAAUUGGAGUGAGGACAAGGGUUAUAUAAAAAUUUUAUAAGAAAAUAAUGUAGCGGAAACUGAAUUUUCAAGACAUUUACAAUGUGAAAUCAUGUUGCAUUUAAUAAUGUACUUUAUUAGCAACUUCACCAAAUAUUCCCCAAAUCAUAAGCAACAAUUAUUUUUAUUAGGUUUGGGGGGUGGAGUAGAUUUAAUAAAGUGCACAGAACGGUGACAGCCACAAAGCCUUAUAUAAAGGCAGGAUUCAUGCAUCCUGCUGCAAGUACCUCUGCACUAAUACACCAGAUCUUAAAAUGCAUAUAAGGUGGACUAGCAUCUUAACUCUGCUAGUUGAUUGUGUCUUUACUGAAGAGAACCCAGCUACCAAUUUGCCUUUUUUUUACACCACAAAUCCUAAUUAGAAACUUGAGAUUUUAUAGAAAUCAUUUAAUGAUAGAGAUUACAUAUGUGAAUUAAUGUGAAUAUAGUAUCUGUGCUUCCUGUGUCUGUAACUAUUUUAAGUUAUAAUUGUGCUGUGCUAUCAGAUUAACAUUUGGAAGUUUCUAGAACAGUUAAUGCUAUUUACAGAAAGGAGUGGACACUCAUCAACUGGCACUCUCUUUGAUUUUUAUAUUUUAAAUUAACUCUCUUCAAACCCAAUUAAAGUAUAUUUUAUGAGUAAUUUUAUUAGGAAUCUCUUAAUUAUAGUGCCCCAAUGGGAUAAGCUAUUUGCCUCUUUUCACAGUUCUGAACUUGGAAAGAAGCAAAGUAUAUGUAACUAAACCACUUAUUUGUCUUUUUAUUGCUUUUUCCCUUCUUUUAUAUGCUAAAUCAAAUACAAAUUUGUGGAUAGGGAAGCAAUAUGUGAAUCACAAUGUAGCAGAGGCAGACCAAGCAUUACAUUAUUAUUUAGAGUUGUACUUUUAGAGCUGGACUGCACCGAUUACUUGUCCUCGUGCCAAAGGCAAAUGUGUUCGCACCUUUUUUUUUCCUUCUGAUUCUCAGGUUGAUUAAUAUUGCUAAUGCAAAUGCUCAAGUAGAUGUUUAAAAACUUUACAAAAUAGAUUCAAGUGAUACUUUCUUUUAAAAGUGAAGAGUUGAUGAUUACACAUAGUAAAUUCAUGAACUACAGUAGGUUUGUAUCAAACAAUUUUUUAAAAUGAAAAUCUGUUGAGGUGUACACAAUAUGCUUCUUGAUUGUAUUAGUCCUUGGUCUCUGCUAGACCUCAUGAGUUUCAUCAUUUAGAAAAGGGGUAGAGGAUGAACUAAUGUGGUCUCCUUCAGAUGUAAACAUGAAAUACCUAGAGUUUUAAUUGCUUUUCAAUACACUGAAUAAUUUUAAAUGAUUCCGACACAGAUGUAGACCUUUUGGCUUAUAAAUUCUGAGGAAACAACUCUGACAACUUAAAAUAUUUACAUUCUUAAUGUUAUAACACAGCACAGUGACUUUCUUCUUUCAAGAUUGUAGCUCAGAGAAAAGAUACAGGAUUCAAUUGGGGGUUCAACAGGAUAUAAAUGGAGAGAUUCCUUUGUGUUGUAGUAGAGGCAUUUUCCUAAGGAGUAUAGAUUUAUAUUUUGCAUUUUCAUUCAUCAUCCCCCAGAAUCAUGGUCAAGGUGUAGGUCACUCCACACAGCUGAUGCUCAGGUUAUUCCCUUGUGAGAAUUAUGAGAAUAAAGCUCCCAAGGUAUGUGAAAGUGCUUAACACAGUACCUGGCACACAGCACUCAGUAAAAGUUUGGCUCUAUUAUGGGAUGGUUCAAUUCUGGUUUAAGGAAGUAAGAAAGAUUAUAUAUAUAUUUAUAUUUACCACUAAGCAAAUACACACACACACACAUAUGGGUUUUUUCCCCUAAUAUUUGGGUGUCCCCUGUGCUUCUUUAGGAUGUAGUUAUAACUAAACCUGUUAUACUUGAACAUCACUAAGAGAAGUAAAUUAUUAUGAAGCUAGCAAAAAUCUGAGGCCAAAGUUGUUUCCUAACAGCUUUAAUAAUGCUUGUUGAUUUUGAAUAAUCCUUUAAAAAGUGGACCAUUUGCUUAUUUUAAUAUUAUCACGUCAGUAAAAUGUUAGUAUUAAAAAGAUCAGCUUUUUAUGGCAUUGAAGAAUGUAUCUGCUAAGACACAAAAAUUGCAUGGUAAGUAUAUUAGGUGGAGGAGGAAAGGUUGUAGGCUGGAUGAAAAUUUAACUGACUAGAACAUUUAUUCAGGAGUGUAAUUAUUUUCCCUUACCCCAAUCCCUGUGUAUGUGUUGCGCAUAGUUAUGACAUUAUCUGGAUUUGCAAAUAGACACAACUUUCAUUCCUACCCUGUCUAUUGUUUAAGAGUGAUAGACUGUUGUUCUCUUGCUGGUGGAAAAUCUAAGGUGGAGCCCACUCUUCUCUGCUGAAGUUCACCAGGCAGAGCGGUUUUGUUACAAGUCAGCUACUCUGCUUGGUUUAUUUUAGGUUUUGGUACUUUACGUAAGCACUGUUAGAAGGUACAAGUGUAUUAAUAUCACUAGUUUUGAGGAGCUUGGGUACAUUUGUUUUUAAUAUAUUUAGAAUGUGCAGUAAACUUUUUUCUCUCAUUUUUUUUUUCUUUUUAGCAAACUUGUUAUUUUAGGUCCAAUUAUUGAGUUGACAGUCUACUGUGAGAAUGAGAUGACAUAUCUACUGUGAGAAUACCAUAAAUGAUGAAUAGUUUGAGAACUUUUAUACUCAGUGGUGUUUUAUAUAUUAAGAUAAAAAUAUGUACACACAUGCAUGUCACAUCUCUCUACUGUGGAGUUAAUGUGAAUUUUUAAAAAAUGGAAUUGCAACCACAAUCAUAUCUAAGAGAACAUUCACUCCUAGUGAGGGUUUACAAAAGCUACUAAGAGAAUAAGGUAGAUGAUAAUGCAAAGGGUCAUGAUUUGGGGUUAUUUUUGUUUUAUUUUAAAAUUUAUAGUGCUACUUUUGAAAGAAUUGUUUUUAUGACUGUGCUCUUUUUGUGAUUGAAAAGUCAUCUAAUAGAAGCUGUAUAGAAGCUACUUUUUAAUUGCUGGCAAACAGCUUUAAGUGCACUUUCUUUGAUUACACUUCCAUUUUUUGUUAAACUUGAAUUUUCUGAAGCCUUUUAUGUACCACUAAGCAAAUAACUUUAACCUUUAAAUAAAUCAGAUUUACAUCUUUAUUGUAUUUCUACUUGUUACAAAACAUACUUGCUGAAGUAACUUCAGUCCUCAAAUAUCGCUGGGAAACAGUUAUGAGAUAGACUCAGUCUCCCCCUGCCAUCCCCUUCCCCCUGCCAUAUCUAAUUAAGCACUAACUGAUUUUAUUACUUUAUUGCCUUUACAUUGCUUAUUCUUUUUGACUGAAUUCUGUCCCUGAUUCACUAUAUUUUGUUUGAAAUUUAAAGUUAUUUUCUUACUCUAUUUAUCAUACCUGUUUUAAUCUGUUUUCUUUAAAUGCAAUAAAUCCCAAAUGGAUUGCAUAUUCUUUAUAAUCAGUGACUUUGGAGUUUUUCAUUAUUUGUCUUAUUACGACUUUUGAAUGUAAACUUCUAUUCAAAUUCAGUUAUUUCAUUCACACCACAAACAUUAAGGACCUAUUAUGUAGCAGCUAGUGGAAUAGAAAAGUUUGUAAGAUUAGAUCCCUAUUCUUAAGGAGCUCAUAGUUUACAAUUUAGGUAAGAAAACCCAUUUGACUUAAAGAGUUUUUGCUACAAGAACACUUAACAGAAUGACUUUUUCAGUGAGUCAUAAUUACUGAUACUCAGAGUGAUGACAGUAGGCAAAAACUAUUCUGUAAUGCCUUCUGAAUAACUUGUUUUGUAGCUUCCACAUUAUAAAUUUUUAAAAAUCCUUAAAA